AUGCGUAAUCCACUGAAUUUCUGGUUCAGUGACCCGUUGGAAAGUACCAAGAGUACUCAAGUCAUUGAAAGAAAAAGUGAAAAGAAUGGAACGCAAGCUCAUGUCACUCAGGUUAUUGCUGAAUAUCUUCAAAACAUUGAUCCUAAAUCAGAUGGUGCAAAGAGGGAUUGGAUUGCUAUUUAUGAUGAGUGUGCCUCUGUUUUAUAUCAGGAGAUUGAUUACACCAAGGAAGCUGCUAAUGCAGAACUAUUUGCAAGUAACUUUAAGAACUUGGAUUAUGUGAAAGUCCCUACAAUCUUCUGGGAUUAUACUACUCCACAGAUUCUGACAAUGGAGUAUGUUCCAGGGAUUAAAAUAAAUAAAAUACAAGCUUUAGAUCAACUGGGUGUUGACCGCAAAAAGUUAGGACGAUAUGCUGUUGAGUCUUACUUGGAGCAGAUUUUAUCACACGGUUUCUUCCAUGCUGACCCCCAUCCUGGAAAUAUUGCAGUUGAUGAUGUCAAUGGUGGAAGAUUGAUCUUUUAUGAUUUUGGAAUGAUGGGAAGUAUCAGUCAAAAUAUCCGAGAAGGUUUACUUGAAGCUUUUUAUGGAAUUUAUGAGAAGAACCCAGAAAAGGUAAAGUAA